AUGCUUUACUCUUCUUUGGGAUCUUCUACAGUCUGGAAUAUCUUUGGUCACCACGCUCCCGGCCGCUAUCGUACAUCCUUUCCCUAUGGUGACGCCUGGCAGAAUAAUCUAGCGUAUCACGAUGUUGUCUCUUGCCUAAAGAAUGGGUGGCAGCUUAUUCAUGGACACUCCACGUCGAACUAUGCAUUGGCGCACUUACCACACUACCACCUAUCCAACAGUCGUUACCGAUGA